CGGGCGAGGCGCUUGUGGAGUUGUGUUUUCUACCACGAUUUUGGGAGCUAUUAUCUUGUUUAUUUGACAUACAUUGUGAUUUUAAAUGACCCAUGAUGGGAGUAUAAAAGCUGUUCUUUCCGCAAGUGUGCACAAUUCAUUAAAUAAACGCAACACGGUGGCGCGAGAAAGCAAAGAAAAGAUAUUACCCACAGAAUGCCUUGCGAUUUGGGGUAGGGGCACCUACUUUGCGAAUGAAAACCUUUUUGUGGAUAUGGAGUCAGUUCGUGCAUUAAACUUGCUAUGAAAAAUUAGAAAUGAAAGAUUCUAGAAUGAUACUACACAGUCCGCGAUUACAAAAUGAAUUCUAGAUACAAGCAGUUUAAAUUACCUCAACUAACACAUUAAACGCCCUCACGUGGCUGUGUAUUGGCAAACUUUUUCUUUGCUAUUCUCUUUCCUGGAGACUUACAUUGAAUUCUUCUGUGCCUAUUUGUGAAACUAUUUUGUGAAACUACUUUUUUAUAACUAAACACAUGAAACGUGUUUGGUAUGUUAUUUUGCUCAAGUAAAAUGCUAUUUUAAUCACACUUCAUGUUUUCAAAUGUUUAUUAGGCUAUAUUAAAAGGUGUUGCUAGAAUUUUAAUGUGUCUGACUGUUAGUUACUAGAGGAACCAGACUAAACUUUAAAACUUUCUAGCCGUUUUGACAAUCUGGACAAAGCCUGGUAAAUUAAUUUAAAAUUUUGUUUGAAAGCGAGUCUAACAAUGCAUUUUCCUGAAUGUUGCGGGACCUGUAUGAAUUUGUCUUUUACUAACUUCAGGGGUCGCCACAGUGUACAUUUCUAUUUAGUCCUAUAGCCAAAGGUUCGGUUAAUAAAAACAAAAUCAAAGGAAUAUCUUCAUAAUUAUUAUUACAUCUAUAAAUGGAAUUCACUUAUCUGGGAUCUUAUAAACAAAAAUGUAUAUCAGUUUGAGAGGGAGAAUCUCCACAUGCCAUCAUCACAUACAGUCAGCACUAGAUGGCAGUCUAUCUACUCAUACGGGUUUGUGUUGUGAUUGUAGACAUGUUGACAUCUUCCAAACAUUAGAGUAUCAUAGGUGAUAACAGGCCACAGACCUCUAAACUUCAUUACAAAUUAACUCAUGUCUUACCUUGUUGCACUGCACCCAAAUGAAUUACACUUCGAUGAGAAAAUCAUAAUAGUGAUUUUUCACAAAGUGUUGAACAAAAGCCAUGCAUUGACUGUAAUGUUGGUUAGCACAUUUACAGUUACACUAUUGUUAUAGCCACUUCCUGUAGCACAUAUGCACACAAAGAGCAAACUCCUGUCAAUAAAAUAGGUCUAGCACCUUCCCCUUGCAGACAGAGAAAGGUUAAAGGUCAACAUGUAGAGGAUUGCAGAGGUCGUCCUAUUUAAAAGAGUUGUCCUUCCCUGCCCACGUAUGAGUGUGUGUAUAUGUAUCUAUAUUAGUGUGCAGCUGUCUGUCUUUCUUGAAUACGAAUGUUAAAAGAGGAAUUCCAAGUUUUAUGACCCUUAACAAACUCAGUAAACUUUACACACACUCCAAAACAGGACACACACAGUGAAGAGGCUGAGUUAAAACCUGAAGAGGAUGUUUAUCUUCCCUUUUAAAUAUGAUUGAUUGAGAGUGUGUGAUAAUUCGUUGAUUCUAGAUGGAUUUGAUGGGGAAAAUUCAUACGAUCGAUGGUGAGUGUUUGAACGUGUUUUGUAAAGCGGAUAGGUUAGAGAGUGUGUUUUAGGGGGUGGGUUUAAGGUGCAUGUCAGACACCAAAGAAGAGCCUCAGUUAUCUAAGAAUCUGAGCCAAAAGAGCCUCACAAACAGACGGGAGCGUUGAGGAGAGAAAGAGGGAGGGAUAGAGGAGAGAAGAUCAAAUAAAAGAGAAAAACAGGAAGGGAGACUCCGACGGGCAUACCGAGAAAGAAAGACAAUGUGUAGGACUUGAUCUUCUGCAGAUGAUACUGCUUAAGAUCUGAAGAGAGAAGAAAAGUCAGUGACACAAGAGCAUUGCUAGGGGAAAUCCCGUUGAAAUUAAGUAGUAGAAGAAGAUAAAAAGAGAGGGAACAGGUGCAUACUAUCUCUUUGGAUUUCUGUAGCAGCCUGAGCAGCAUGUAUGUGCGUGUUGUGAUCCUGUUUUGGCUGGGAGCGUACAUGAUGUGUGUAUGUGUGCUGUGUCAGAGGGACAUCCUGGUGGCCGGACCCCCCAACAGCAAAUGUGAGGGGAGCUGCAGUGCAACGGCAUCACCCCCUAAAAUACAUCACCCUCACCCUCAGGACGCACGACUCAGAAAGACUCCACAGGUGUCUGAUACAUCUGAACGUCUCAUCCAGCUGCAGCGCUGUAUGCUACAACAUGAAUCAGUGGCUGUGAGUCAAAGAGAUGGGUCUGACUCACUAGUAGCCUUUCUGGCUCUUAUGGCAGCAGUGCUGACAGAAUGUGACCUCCACUGCCAUAGUCAGAGACUCAGACAGAUGGCCACCAGACUUGAAAGUUUAGUGGGCAAAAAUGGGGAGAAAGAUUUGCUGCUGUUGCUGAAAAGUAUCACACAUUCUAAACCUAAUGGCCACAGACCAAGGACUCCUACAGUGCCUCCCUCUGCAGGGCUUUACCCUCAAGACUGUCAUGAGAUCUACCAAUUAGGAAUUAAAGAGAACGGGAUCUACACCAUACAGCCAGAUCCAAAGCGACCAGCAUUAGAGGCUAUGUGUGACAUGGUUUCAGCUGGUGGGGGAUGGACAGUGUUCCAGCGGCGGUUUGAUGGACAAAUUGACUUUAACCGAACCUGGCAGGAGUACCAUGACGGAUUUGGCUCCCCGCAGACAGAGUACUGGUUAGGGAAUGCAGUUCUAUCCGUGUUAACCGCAAGUGGGCAUCACACGCUUCGCAUCACUCUUCAGGACUGGCACGAACAGACACGUCAUGCUAACUACAACACCUUUAAAGUGGGAGGAGAAAACCAGAGGUUCCGCCUAACUGCUCGAGAUUACCAUGGCGAUGCUGGUAAUGCAUUCAGUUAUAGCAAACAGUACAACCACGAUGGAAGAGCUUUCAGCACAUAUGAUCAGGAUAAUGACCGCUACACUGCUGGUAACUGUGCUGGUUACUAUGGUGCAGGAUGGUGGUUUGAUUCCUGUUUGGCCGCAAACCUCAAUGGACGCUACUACCACGGGCGUUACAGCGGCAUCACGGAUGGCAUCUACUGGGGCACCUGGUAUAUCCUGACUGACUAUCGCACAGGGGAAAGAUACUCAUUUAAGAGUGUUGAAAUGAAAAUGAGACCAAGGCAGAGCUAAGAAUUUAUCUUUUUUUUUUUUUUAUGAGAUGUUGACAUGUAAUCAUACUCCUGCACUGUGUAUUUCCUUUCAAUAAAUAAUUCCUUUCAAAUA